CUGUUGUGUUUACACCAAUUAGCAAGUUAGCUAGCGUGGAGCGGCACGCACGAUGCCAGCGCCGAGCAAAUUCAACCACCCCGCCAAAGUGUAACCUUUCUCCAGUGGUCGAGGGUAUUGUUUGCGGGGUUUUGCCGGGCCACUCUUGCCAUCAUCAUGUCGAAUGGCGCGGCUCUCCACAGACAGAUCGGCUCCAUCAUCACCGCCCUGUGCAACGCCGCCGCGGCGCAGAUCACCAAAGUGGUGGAGGACGGCAUGGUGGUGCUGCGCCUGGAGGUGACCCAGCGAGAACAAGAGAUCCGGCGGCUGAGGAGCAGCGUGGAGGUGCUGCACGGCGAGCUGAGAGCCGCCCAUCGCGCGGCGGACAGCCUGCGGAAAGCACAACAGCAUCAGCAUCAGCAUCCCCGAGGGGGCGCUGAGGCUGAGAGGCCCGAAAAGCUCCAAAGCGACUUUCCCAACGUUGAAGUGGCGGUGAAGUGCGAACCCGCCGAACAGGCGGCAUGCGGUCAACCCGAACCAUCGACGGAAAGACUCAGUGAAAACCAGAUUGAUGUUCCAGCGGGCAUCCGGCAAACAGGAGCGGCUGGCCGCGGGCCACACCGCCAGCUGUACAGCAGCAUGCGGCGGCGGAUGGUCAACCGGCUGAUGUUCAAGCGGGGUUUCGCCUGUCCCUUCUGCGGGAAAUGUUUUGAGCAUUCCGGAAACCUGGAGCGGCACAAGAGGAUCCACACAGGAGAAAAGCCGUACCGCUGUGACAUCUGCGGGAGACGCUUCAACCAGAAGUGCAGCCUCAAAGAGCACACCAAGAUCCAUCAGAGAUGUCUUCAGUCAGCACCAGCUGACAUCCGAGGGUACCCAUCAAAGCAUCCGAGCGCCGACAGUCGUCGUCCAGCAGAGGGAGACAUCACUUCCACAGCCGAGCGUGUUUCCACCAACCGUCCGGAAUUGUCCCGCACGCCAACGAUCAAGUCGGAACCUGUUGAGGAGAGCGUGAUGCAGCCUGAAAGGGAAGCGGUGGACAAGCAGAAGUCGCCAAGUUUACGUGACGGAACAAAUGAUCGGUCACCACAGAACAGUGCGGCAGUAGCUCAACUUAUCCCGCCUCACGUUGAAGCCUCUUGCAGCACCUUCGCCUUCCCUCCAAAGCCUUACGGAGAAAACAACAACAACGUGAUGUCAUCGCAGCUGGCGUACCCCCGCGCUGACGCCGGUCCGCAGUGGGAGCCGUCCGGCCGCCCUCGAAACGGCCCCGGUUCCUUUUACCAGGGGUCCCGGCCCAAGAAGUGUUUCUUCUGCUCAUACUGCGGUAAGAUGUUUGUGCGCGCCGGCCACCUGGAGCGACACCUGCGCAUCCACACGGGCGAGAAGCCCUACGGAUGCCACAUCUGCGGACGGUGCUUCAACCAGAAGUCCAGCCUCAAGUGCCACAUGAAGACACACAGGAACGACAAGAACGAGGAAGUACAGAGGCCACACCCCCUCAUGUGCCCGAUACUCGACACUUGCCCGCAGUCGGCGACCGAUCCCGAGCAAGGACCGGCGGCUUUGGGCGACAAACUGACCGAUCGCCCGUACGGCGAGGCGGGAGAGAGCAAUGCCUAUUUAGAAGCCGGUGAGUGGCGGGAUUACUCCGCCAACGGCGAGCUGCCCUACCUGGAUAUGCUUGAUCCGUUCUCGCAGGUAGGAAUGGCAGCGCACGAGGAUGGGACCAUCCUGGACUUCGGUCUGCCGUCCUCGGACUCGACUCAAAACUGCUACAUCUGUUCCGCCUGCGGGCAAAGUUUUGACUCGUACCAUCUUUUCGAGAGGCACCAAUGCAAAAGCGAAACAUUGUUCAAGUGCGACGUCUGCGGUCAGGGCUUCGAUCACACAGACAAACUGCAGCUGCACAUGAAAGCCCACCAUGACAAUUAUACAGCAACUGGCGAUGGAAACUGCACUUUCCAGCGCUUCAUUGAACAAAUGGUAGGAAAAUGCGAUCACUCAAUCUGCCAGUUAUUGAUGAUAACUGUCCCGUUGCUCAAUAGAAGAAAAAAAAAAAGAACUUCCAAUAAUCCACAGUAAAAAAAAUCCACAUCAAAUACAGCGGUUACGUGGAGGUAUUUUGGGUGGUGGUGGGGCAUCUACCAUGUCUAUGAAACUGCAGAGGGUAAAACGUGUUCGAAAGUGCCACCUUGCACAAUAGAAAUCAACAAAAUUGUUACCGAUAACAUAAUCCACACUCAAAAAGACUGAGGCACACAAAAAACCUAUACUGUAGCGAAAGAAGCUUCAAACUUACAGCAACUGCCACCUUGCACAAUAUAAAUAAGCAGUGGUCGUAGGAACUUUAACAACGACAAAUAAUCCACACGCCAAAAAUGUCCACGUCAUGUACGGGCUCAUGCGCAAGCAAUGUCGUUUCAUAAGAUUUAGUGUUACUUAACAAUCAUUAUUGAGAACCGUCAUCUUGCCCAAUAGAAAUACAGCAAAACCUUGAAUUAAUGGACUAACGGGGAGCGGUCGUCCGUUAAAGCUGUUUGUCUCUUAAUUUGAAGCACUUUUUUUUCAUGGCCUAAAAACACCCAGUGCAGUACAAAAUUAUUGUAAAUAAAUGUAAAAACGAAAAUGUUUAAAAAGUUGUGAAGUUUAUUCAAAUUGACCUUUAAACAUUGCUGUGAUGGUCUAAUACUGCCACGAAUGUGCUGUUGCACGUUACCACUUAUAAACAGCUAUAUCCAGGUCCCUACUUUAACACACGUUCAUGUAUUUACGCUUAUAUACAACACCUUUCUUAUCUUUGGUAGGAUCCACAUAAAAUUUCACUGUAAAAGCUUGGAGUUUUUUCCCUUACUCUCCUACUUGUCACUUACAGUUUGUUUUUGUAUACCGUGUUCCUCACUUACUUUGGCCACGGAAACUCACGACUCCAACUUCUUAAUAAAUUCCAAUUUGUCAAAAUUGCUAAGAUUAGUACGCUUCCUUUUGUCACCUCCAUUACAAUUGGAUGCCAUAGUAAAGGGUUUGACAACUAACAACUACUGUAAUUUCUCGUGUAUAAUGCACACUCAUGUAUAAUACGCACCCCCAAAGUUGACCUCAAUUUUUUUUUAAACCCUUCAACCUAUGUAUAAUGCAUUAUCUGUAUUUUGUUAGUUUUUUCAAAUAAUUAUUCUGAAGUUAAGCACUUCAUUUGAACACAUAAUACUUUCUUUUUAUUUACUUGCUCUUAUUUUGAAAUUCACAGCCCUACUUUUAUUUAGUAAAUGAGAAAAUACGCAGUGCUCAUAUGUUUGAUUACCCAGGCAGAAUUUGUAAGAUGUGUACAAUUCUUUAAAGAAAACAUGAAGGACCAGGCGAAACACAUUUAAUUUUAUUUUAAUGGGAUUCAAAUUAAACUGUCAAGCAUUUCAGAAAAGAAUUAUCAUUAAACAAAACAUAACCAUGAAGAAAUUAAUGAUGGUUGUUUUUCAUUCAUCAGUCAUAUUUGAAAAAAACAAUAUUUCACAAAUUCUGCCUGGGCAUGUAAACUUAUGAGCACAAUUGUACAUAUAUGCAGUCAUAUGUACCGCUGUAAUAUUGGAAUUAAAGUGUCAGCUACACCUUUUUUAUAACCACUAGGUGGCGGUGGUAUAUUAGAAUGAAAGUGUACAACUUUUACAUAACGUCUAGAUGGCGGCAUACAUUUAUAAAAUGGGAAAGUCUUUUUCAUUUUCUCCUAUACCGAUGUAUAAUGCGCACUAUUGACUAUUGACAAUUUUAUUGGGGGAAAAAAUUGUAUUAUACAGGAGAAAUUACAGUAACCCAAAAUCAGGACAGAAUGUUCGACAGCCAUAUGACACGACCCUUUUGUGCUGCGUGUCUACGGCUACACUCAGCUAAUGUCCAUGCAUUGCCUUUGAUGGGAACGUUGCCCAACAUACCAACAUGUAGGCCAUGUAGGCAGCCGGAUCUGGUCUUCUCUGUCUGCUGGUUGCGCCAGUAAAUAACUGGGGCCAAUUAUUGAACUAACCAACAUUGUUUGCUACAAAAAAGGGUUUCUAGUUCCAAUCGGACACUACUAUUCUGUCCGUUAAAUCCAAAAUCCAUAGGUUCCAUGUCUGUUAAAUCAAGGUUCCACUCUACUGUAAACAGAACAGUCUGAAAUAAUCCACAGUACAUAAAAUAUACAUACACAAAAUCCAAAAAAUAUCUACACAUAUCUAUGUACAGUAAUUGAAGAAGUUACACGCUUGUAGAAUUUGCCACCUUGCACAAGAGAAAUUGACAAAACUACAAGAAAUAAUCCACAGUAAAAAGAAAGUCCAUGGCACGCUUGGUCACAGAUAUGCGUGUAGGUGUGUCUUAUUGAUGUAAUUGCACAGUUGUUGAGAUCUUCCACUGUGCACAAUAGAAAUAAACAUGACUAGAAGUAAUCCACAAUUUAUAAAAUAUCCAUAGCCCUCUUAUCAAAUAUUGGGGGGAAAAAACUGUACAAUGCAUACCUGUUACUGGAGAUGGUACAGAUUGUGGAAAGCACCACCUUGCACAAUAGGAAUCAACAAAACGACUACAAAUAACACUCAGUCUCACACGGCCACAUAUAAACCACAUCCGAAAAGAGUCCGUGGCACAAAAAAAAUCUAGUCUAGCUGAAGAAGCUUCAAUUUUACAGAAACUGCUACCUUGCAUAAUAGAAACAAACGGAAAUAAUCCUGUCAAAGAACAUCUACGAUACAUAUCUAUGUAACUGAACAUGCUACAAAUUUUUCGACGCUGCCACCUUGCACAAUAGAAAUAAACAGAAUGACAACGAAUAAUCCACAUUGUUACAAACCCCAAUUCAAAUGAAGUUGGGAUGUUGUGUAAAUUGUAAAUAAAAAACAAUACAAUGAUUUGCAAAUCCUUUUCAUCCUAUAUUCAAUUGCAUACACUACAAAGACAACAUUUAAUGUUCAUAUUGAUUAACUUUGUUAUUUUUGCCAAUAUUCAAUCAUUUUGAAUUUGAUGCGUAUGACACGUUCCCAAAAAGCUGGGACAGGGGCAUGUUUACCACUGUGUACAUCACCUACUCUCUUUUUCUCAACACUCAAUAAGCGUUUGGGAACUGAGGACACUAAUUGUUGAAGCUUUGUAGAUGGAAUUCUUUCCCAUUUUUGCCUAAUGUGCAACUUCAGUUGCUGAACAGCCCGGGAUCUCCAUUGUCAUAUUUUGUGAGAGACAGGUCUCAUACUUUUUUACUACGAAUUUGCCCUGUUACAACACGUGCAGAAUGUUGCUUGGCAUUGUCUUGCUGAAAUUCAGUGUUGGUUUUCGGCCUUGCCGCUUACAUGCAGAGAGUUAUCCAGAUUCUCUGAAUCUUUUGGUGAUAUUAUGGACUGUAGACGAUGAACUCUCUAAAUUCCUUGCAAUUGUACUUUCAGAAACAUUCUUAAAAUGUUGGCCUAUUUGCUCAUGCAGUUGUUCACAAAGUGGUAAACCUUGCCCCUUUCUUGCUUAUGAACAACUGAGCUUUUUCCAUGCUCCUUUUACACCCAACUGUGACACUCACCUGUUUCGAGUUAACCUGUUCACCCGUGGAAUCUUCCA